UUCAGAUGUCAUUCUUCAACGUCUUCACAAAAUCCACGCGCAGCGGCGAUGCAUGGUUCUCCGCUGGCCCAAGUACCUCGUACCCCAAUAUCACAGAAUCUGGCAGCACAACGCUGUCAGAUCGACUCCUCUGCCAAGACACCGUCGCUCCUGGGUGCAGAGUUUUCUACGUGCCAAGCGAUGAUAGCUCACAAGCUUCUGAAAUAGAUCGAGCAGGUUCCACAGGUGUCCCCGCGGAUUUGACAGAUCAGGUUGUGGUGUUCCAAUAUCAGGGCGACUUCCAUGCAGUGGAUCACAGCUGCCCUCAUUCAUCUUAUCCACUUUCAAAGGGUACCCUGUUUGAUAUCGAAGAUUUUGGUGUUCGGCUGAGUGCGGGGAUCCGAUGUCCGAAGCACGACUGGUCUUUCGAUCUGGUACGGGGAAAUGGAGAUCGAGGAAACUACCGACUAAAGAUUUGGGAGGUGCAGUUGCGGCCUAUUGUUGGAGGUUGCGAUGAAGCAGGUAGGAAUGGCGAGGUCAAAGAAGUCUGGGUCAGGAGGAAACAACGGAUGGGAUGAGUCUUAAAAAAAAUUGAGACGAUCACAAGGGGCAUGUAUUGUUGACGAGCGACAUGAAAAGGUGGGGUUAGGGGUUCUGUGGGGAUAAUACCGCGGCGAAUUUCAGAGGUAGUCGCAGGGUUUGAUAAUCAUUCAAAAGAUUAAGCUGCAGUCUUGUAAGAUAGUUUGCCAAGAAGGACCCAACGUCGAAUCAUCAUAUAGAGUCAUCUCGCACAAUGCCG